UCAAGGAUCCAGCAGAGUUCUGUAAGCAUCCCUCGAGGAUUGAUGCUGAAAAAGAGAAAGGAAAAAUACAGUAAAGCUGUUUCUGUGGAGGAAAUGGCCGUCACCCACAAAGCAGAGGCAACCAAGUCUCUCCUGAAAGAAAAUGUGGAUCCAGAAGUAAAAGUGGAAGUCCAGUGUGCUUCAGGCCUUCAGCCAGGAGAAGGAAGGAAGAGAGAAGAUCUCCCAGAACCUGGGAAGAUUAAGCAGGAGUUUAUCCAUCACGUGAAACAAGAGCCAGAGGAAGGUCCGUCGAGAAACUGGGAUGCCCAGCUGCAAGAGUUUCUGAAGACGCUGCAGGCUCCCGAUUCUGGGGGAGAAAGCCCCUCCUUGGCUUGGAGCGGCCCUAAAGCAACCCAGGCGCUCUCUCAGAGGAUGUGGGACGCCAGCAACUGUCCCAGAGGAGUGUGGAUCGCUCAGGCCCAGCCGCGCCUGGCCGGGGAAGCCCAGCGGGACGCUGAGAGUUCUCGGGAGGCCACAUCGAGCGGGAAGGGGCAGAAGGGGGCGGUGAGCGGGGCGGGGUCCAGGCUGGAGAAGCAGCGGCAGGAUUUCCGUCAGCUGGGCUACCAGGAGGCCGAGGGGCCUCGCGAGCUCUGCAGGCAUCUCCAGGAGCUUUGCCACGAGUGGCUGAAGCCGGAGAAACACACCAAGGACCAGAUCCUGGAUUUGGUGACGCUGGAGCAGUUCGUGGCCGUCCUGCCUUUGGACAUGCAGAGCUGGCUGCGGGAAAACGCUCCCAGGACCUGUGCCCAGGCUGUCUCCCUGGCAGAGGACUUCCUGGUGAGGCAGCAGGAGGUCAAAGGCUGGAGUAAGCAGAUGAUGGGAAAGUUGGAGGGGAAGUCUGGGCAGCCCCCCAGGGGAAAGCAAGGUCUCUCAAAAAUGGUGAAGGCACAGCUUUCUAGACAAGCAGAAGAGGAGGCAGAUGGGGAAGAAAGCUCAUUGGUCAGUGGUUGGCCUGAGCGAGAGAGGACGUCGUUGAGAUCUGCUGGAGAGGAUUCCUUCCUGGUUCCAGGGAAACCUGAUGGGGGUGGAUACGGAGCAGAGCAGCAGGAUGGAAAUGAAAGCAAGGAGGGAAUGGACCAGUUGGUUGGCUCCCAAGGGGUUUUCCAGGCUGCCGAUGAAUCCCCCUUCCUCAACACCAAGGGGAAAUACGAUGCAGGGGGCUUCAGCCAAAGUUCCCACCCUGUUCCGUGUGACGACACUGACCCAGAGGAGAAAUGUUACAAGUGUUGGCAUUGCAGCCAGAGCUUCAGCAGCAGCUCGGAUCUCUUGACCCACGAGAGGACCCACGUGGAUGAGAAACUAUAUAUAUGUUCCCACUGCGGAGAAAGAGAGAGGAUCCGCGCAGGGCAGUUCUCCCACGUCUGCUCCCACUGUGGGAAUAAAUUCAGCUGGAUUCCGCAAGGGGGGCUCAGCGCAGACAAGGAGAAAUGUUUCAUGUGCUCUGAGUGUGGGAAACGCUACAGUCGGCAGACAGACUGCCUUAAGCACCAGAAAACGCACACCAGGGAGAAACUCUAUAAGUGCUUGGCCUGUGGCGAAAACUUUGCAACCUCCGCCUCUCUCAAAGUCCACCGGAAGAUCCAUCGAGGGCAGAACGCUUACAAAUGUUUGCGCUGUGGGAAACGUUUCAUGUGGAAUUCCCAUCUGUUACUGCAUGAACGGAUCCACCGGGCCAGGUGCUCGUACUGCGGGAAAAGCUUCAGCCAAAAAUCAGAACUUUUUGAGCACGAGAGAACUCACACGGCGGCCAAGUAGCUGUUUGCUUGUUUUAGGAGUCCCUUGAGCUCCGAUGGCACAGAAUGGCCAGCAUCUUCAUUUGCCCAGACACGUUUUGUGGAAAUUCAGAUGUCAAAAAUCCAGAAGGCUGAUGACACAGCUGCCCCUUGCACACUGUUUUAAAAAUGAAAAACCUAAGAAGGCACGUGUCUGGCCAUGAAGAUGUCUUGCUGGCACUGGGACAGAUUGAGGCAGGAGUUCCACUGGGAAUCUUGUACUAAAGCAGCUUUCCCAGCCCAGUUCUAUAUGUUCUGAACUACAGUACCCAGAAUUCCUAGAGAGCACAGUCCUCAGCCAGGUUGGUGGAGGGACCCCAUGGGCACCAGGGCAGGUCAAGGUAAGAUUGUAAAGAGAGAGACCAUCUAAACACUAAUAACCUACAAUAACAGUCAGCUUUGUCUUCACCUUUGAAGAACCACAGAUCCUAAAGAUGGAAGUUUGUAUGUUUAGGAACUUGUCAGAGAAAAGCAAUACAGUCAGAGCGUUUGAAAUGUGCCGUGCCAGGAUGCCCCAGGGUUAAAUUAUAUUCCCUAUACUGUAAUGCAUUAAAUUGAUUUGUUUGGAUUGUUGAUGUGUUAUUUUUCUAUAAAGGUUGUUGGUGCACUUUGCAAAUUAAAGAAUAGCGUAUGGAUCAGCUUAAUUUGCUAUAGAGUUGCGCACAGGCAGAAGAGGAAGGGAACUAUUUAAUGGAAAUAUCUACUUAAUUGAAAGAUCACAAGCAGCUGUACUGAAGAGAAUACUUUUUAAAUCUCUUUUCUGAUGUUGGGCUAUUACUAUUCAAAAUGUAAGAUGGAAUGAACUGCACUGAUCUGGCAGUAGAUAACCCUAAUUUUCCAUGGUUGAAUUCUUUUCUAAUUUUCGACAAUAAAGUGAAAUAUAUUUGCCUUGCA